AUGGACCCUGACAGUCCCCUGAACACUAACCCUGGGUUGGAAGACAUGGACCUACCUCCCAAUGCUAACACCCACCCCCAGACCUCAGCUAACCCCACCCCAGCCCUCCAGCUAACACCCCAACCACAACCAGCCGUCAGUAACACCCCCACCACAUCGCCCCACGUCAGCACCCCACCUACGCCCCAAGCAACACCAGCCCAGCACCCAGCUAACACCAAAGAGUACCCCCCAGACCCCACCAGCCCCCAGCUUACAGACCUCAUAAUGAAUCACCAGCCCAUCACCAGCACCACAGCAAUAACACGACUCAUACACACCAGCCCCAGCCCCACUAACACCCCCAAGCCCAGUACACCCACCAGCCUCAGCCUCAAGCAGAACCCCCAGCACUCAGCUAACACCACCCAGCCUCAGCUAACACCCAGUCACCAUCCUCCAGCUAACACCCCCACACCCAGCUACCACCCACCGAUCAACCCACAAACCUCAGCUAACACCACAACCACCCCAACGACCCAGCCUCCAGCUAACACACCCCCAUCCUCCAGCUAA